CGAAAUAUUAGAAAAUUGAGCCAAGGUUUCUUUACACCGAUUGAGCGCAUCAAUAGCAUGCUCAGAUUUGGUGCUCUAACAAAUAAUCGUAGUAUCGUCUUAUCUGACAGUAUAGAAUCUACCAAAUAUAAGAACGAACACUAUUCAAAAAUGAAUUCUUCUCACGGAUCAACUUACAAAUACACUGGGAAAAUAACUCUUUCAGAUAUAAGAAUACCUUUGUUGUGGACAGAAAAAGAACACUUUAAAUCGGUAAAAAUCAAAGCCAAAAUUUCUGAUUCAGACAAUGGUAGUAGUUGGUGUCUAUUUGCCUUGGCCAUAUUUAAAAAUCAAAUUUUGGAAUCGUCUUUAAUAACGGGAAUAAAUGCUGCUUUCACUGACGUGACCUUUGAAAAAGAUAUUUUUACAUUCUACGACAUGCCUCCUGAUUUUGUUAUCAAACUAGAAUUUUAUUGUAGUAGUUCUAGAUUCAUAUUCAAAUCGAAAAUCUUGGAUCAAUUUAAGACGCGAAUACCCACUGCUAAAAAUUUAGUAUCUAAAUACUCAUUGAAUGGACUAACGAAUUCCAAAUCUACCAGUAAUUUUGUUUCGUAUUGGCCAACGAUGAGAUUUAAGGCAGAUCUAUCUACUAUAACAUCACCAUCUAAAAAUAUGGGUAAUGCCAUGGCAACGUUUAAAAAGAUAAAUUUAGGGAAUUUUUUGAGCCACAACUUUCUACCGCCUUAUCCUAAUGGCAAAAUCAAUAAAGGUCGCGGUAAUAUGAGUUCUUCGUGCAGCGUUGAUUUCGUUCAACCUUCCAACAGAUUAAAUCUCAUAGCAAGUGAUAAGUAUGGCGACAAUUAUUCUAACAAAAUCUCCAAACAAUCAUUUCCCAAUUCAACGCAAGAAUCGAUAUAUUCAGCUAUUAGUAAUUUAGACGAUAUCAAUCCAGUAAAAUACAUUUUGAUAGCUGAUUGCGAAUUAACAUCGGACCUCGUUAAUAGUUCGUUCCAAGUUGGUGAUUUGCACGUGAAAAUAAAUGAUUCAGCUGCUGAUAAUUACAACUGCCAAAAUAAGAAUGAAAGUCAACAAAACAGGCUUGACAUUGUUUUUAAACAAAAUUAUGUUCAACUAUGUGAAAUCGAUUUUUACCUGAGUAAGCCAAGAUCAAAGAGUGAUACUGAUCCAUUAAUGUGGUGGAAGACAAAUGCACAUAGGAUCCCCAUACUCUCAAAAAUGGCAAGAGAUUAUUUAUCUAUACAAGGAACAUCAACUGCGUGUGAAAGACUUUUCUCAGUUGGAACUAAUUUGUUGUCAAAAAACCGCAUGUCGUAUAAAGAAGAAAAUAUAAGAAAAACCCUUUGCCUUAAAAAUUGGCUUAAAAUUAUAAAUUAA